UUGAGUCUUUAUUUCAAGUGAUUACAGUAGUUGAGAGUAGAUCUACGAAUAUGUACAGUCGAUCUACGUAGCUAGCUACAUGAAAAGGUUCAAGUAAUAGUUCAACUAACUAACUUUUCAUGACUCUUGCCUGCGCGCCCGCGCAUAGGUGUACGUGUACCCACAGGCUAGUAUAAAUUGUGUUGUACUUGCCAGCAGCUUUCAUUCACUGAAUUGAAGUAACUAACUUUCAAACGUCUACAAAAAAUAUUCAAAAUCAGAAUGGAAGUUGUUAUUCCUGGAGAGCGUUUAGGCGCAAGCUGUGAAUACAGUUCUGGAUUUGGCACUUAUGUUCGCCAUGGCUAUGUGUAUGCAUCCAUGGCCGGAUUCAGGUCUGUCGUCGAUACGAAAAACGGUCAAGAGAUAUCUGUGUACCAUGAUGCAUCCAGGCAGCGCGUUGUUCCUGUGCCAGGGUCACUGGUCACAUGCCGUGUUACUUCCACCAACCCUCGGCAUUGCAAAGUCUCUAUCCUGCGUGUGGGCGAGACGUCACUCAAAGAAAGUUUCCGAGGUCUGAUCAGAAAAGAAGAUGUACGCGCUGUGGAGAAAGACAAGGUUGAAAUCUACAAGUGCUUUCGCCCUGGUGAUAUUGUCCUUGCCAAACACAAUUCACUGGGUGAUGUUCAAUCCUACUUACUGACCACCGCUGAAACAACACUGGGAGUGAUCUACGCUGUCAGUGAAGUCGGUGUACCGAUGACGGCGGUCAGCUGGGCGGAGAUGCAGUGUCCCAAAUCAAAGGUGAAGCAAUUCCGCAAAGUGGCAAAGGUGGACAUUCGCCAGGUUCCUGUCAUAGUCGCUGACCUCCGGGAUGAUCGAUGAUAAUGAUUAGCGCCACUGUACUGCAGAUGAAUAUGAAUGCAGACAGGCUUUGCUGCAGCGGUGUGGCCUGAUCACCAUGUUCGGCCGGCGAUGCGAUCGUCGCGUUUCGACUUGCGCCAACAAACAUCCCUGUCACGUGUAGUGUGUCAGCGCUGGCGCAUGCACUCCUGCUGUGUGCUAUGUACGGUGCAACAGCCAAGCAACCUGACACAGCAGUCACCUGCCAGCCUGUUCCAAGCAGCAACCAGAGGAGACGAAGGCCCAAUGCUUCUAGAGAUGGAGAUGCUUUGUAAUAACAAGACGAGUGCGGUGUGCUCAAGCCAAGGUUGGUCAAUGGCCUGGUCCCAUGAGAAACAGAUUGCUCGAGCAUCACAACACGGAAUGUAAACAUUCCACUCUCCAUCAUCAUUGUUUUAUUAUUACAAUCAUGCAUGUAUAAAACAGCAGCAGUCUCUGGUGAUCUUUCUUCUAAGAAACGCAAUAGUCCUCAGUCAGCACAACCCACUCUUUUUUCAUUAAUUCAAAAAUACUUUCAUAGUUAAAAAUCAUGUGAAAGAAAACAAUAAAACUUUGCCUACUA